AUCCGACUGCAUCUGCAUUCACAGGACAAAGAACCACACGCACACAUGAACCUCUGAGGUGAUCACCAGCACACCAUGGCGGUUUAACACUACAGUAAGUGGAUUCCCAUCUAACAUAACUUACCUUCUGUAAGUUUUUGCCUGAAGCACAAAAAGUGAUUUUAGCUUUAGUUUAAUUUUUUUUCCUGAGCUGCAAUCAAACCCCCCCCCCCUCUGAAACGUCCACAGCAGCCUUUACUGCACACUCCAAACUUAAGUGGAUUACGUCUGAGGCAUUUUGGGAUUUUUAGGGGCUGUAAUUUGAAAAGACAUGCCUGACCGCAGGAUUCAACACAACCAGGGAAGAACUGCGUGUGUUUCCUGUCGCUUUUCAUAUGGAUUACAGCUCUAAUUUGGUCUCAUCGAGCACACACACACACUCAUGAGGACGGUCCACAGCUCGUCAUUAUGAUGAACUUCACACAGAGGAGAAACUAGUGAAUCCUGGACCUCAGCCAUGGGAGCAGCAGCAGGCGGGAGAACAGUCUGAGCCGUCACAAACCCAGAGCCUCCCCAAACCGGCCAAUCAGGGAAGCGGUUGGAAGGGUCCGCCGUCCCGCCCGUGGCAGGAUGGUGCCGCCCCCUCCCACCAACAAGCCACACGUUUGCUUGUCCACCAUCAUCAUCAUGAGCAGCAUGGCACUGAUGGACGCCUACCUCGUCGAGCAGAAUCACGGCCCGCGAAAGAUCGGCAUCUGCAUCAUGGUGACCGUCGGCGACCUCUGUUUCCUCAUCGUGCUGCGAUACGUCGCGGUGUGGGUGGGGGCUGAGGUGAGGACGGCAAAACGAGGCUACGCCAUGAUACUUUGGUUCCUUUACAUUUUCGUCUUGGAGAUUAAGGUGUAUUUUGUUUACCAGAACUACAAGGCUGACCGUAAAAGCCUGGACGCCUUGGCUCGGAAAGCUCUGACGCUCCUGCUGUCCAUCUGUAUUCCCGUGUUGUUCGUAAUCCUGGUCGCUAUCGACCACAUGGAGUACGUGAAGGCUUUCAAGAAGAAGGAGGAGAUCAGAAACCGUUUGUUCUGGGUGGUGGUGGAUCUGUUGGACGUUUUGGACAUCCAGGCCAACCUGUGGGAGCCGCAAAAGAAAGGGCUUCCUCUUUGGGCGGAGGGACUGAUGUUUUUCUACUGUUAUAUUCUUCUUUUAGUGCUGCCCUGCGUGUCUCUGAGUGAGAUCAGCAUGCAAGGCAUCAACAUCAGUCCUCACAAGAUGAUGCUCUACCCCAUUCUGAGUUUGGUCACUAUUAACAUCGUCACUCUCUUCAUCCGUGGAGGGAAUAUGCUCCUCUAUAAGGACAACAGAGUGUCUGGGAUACUCAUGGCCAAGAACAUCCUAGCCAUCGUUCUGAAGACGUGCAGCUUUGUGCAGUACAGGAAACAGUUGCAGAGCGCCCCCCCUGGGUUUGGAAUGGAAUUACAGAAGAACUCUGUGCCGUCCGGUCGAUCUGUACAGACGCCUCCUCAGGUAACGCUACAGGAGCAAACGCCGCUGCCAGAGGUCACCACGUGUGAACAUACGUGACCUAGAAUCUGGGGACUCGCCGGCAAGGACACAAUAUCUCUGAUGAAACAAUGUGGAUGUAUGCUACAUAUUGUGAGCUUAAUUAUUUUCAUCCAAGAGAAAUACAAGUGGAGCAUAACAGUAUGAAGGCAGUUGGUAAUUGCAUAAUGCAAAACUUUCUUUCUUACAUAUAUUUGAAAGCAUACUAUUCCACCUUUCUAAAUAUGUCAAUGGUCGAACUCUAGACUUUAAAGGGUUAGUUCACCCAGAAAUGAAAAUUCUGUCAUUUAUUACUCAGCCUCAU